UCCUGUGGGCUGGUCUCCAGGGUAACAGAACCUCUUCUUUGGGCCUGGCUUUCUGCCCACUGAGUCAGCCAGCUCUUUCCCCAGUUAAGUUAGAACAAGGGAUUAAACAUUCCCUUUUACACUGACUAAACAGGCAAUUAUAACCAGAAAGAAGGCAGAGAGGGAACAGGAGUUCAGGAGGGCUCCCUGGAGAAGGGGAAAUUGACCUUUGAACUGUAGAGAAUCCAGGGAGGGCAGUGGUCCAAGCUGGUGAGGAAGAGCCUGUCAGUUGCUUUGGGGUACAGCCAGAGAAGGUGCUCCUGGCCAGGAGCUAUAGGUGCUGUUCAUGGACCCCCAGAAGGCUGGUGUGGCCCAGGGCAGAGGGUGUGGCAGAGAGGAGGGGGAUGGGACCAUUAGGGCUGGGGGGUGCCAAAAAGCAUCAUGGGAGAUUGGAUGGCAGUAUGAGGAGAGCCUGGGCCAGAGGAAAAUCACCUCAGGAGCUGAAUGGAGGCUGGGAGCCUGGAGUGCCAGGGAUGGCCUUGGAGAGGGACAGACUGCCAGGCCAGAAGGAGUGAUCAGACCUAAAAUGAAAGUGAAUCCAACAGAGGUGAGCCUUCCCGUGGAAGAAAUGGACUUACAAAGAUUCAUGUGUGAUGGUCCUGAUAACUUUGUUUUCAGAGAAUUCUCUGUUGUACCUCAAAAUUCAUCUCAUAUUGAUCAUCAAAGAAUGCACACUGAGGAAAAAUCUAGUGAAAGCAAUCAUUUUGAAAAGUCUUUUAGGCACAGGGACAGUCUUUAUGGACAUCAAAACAUCCACACUGGUAAGAGACCUUAUGAAUGCAAACAAUGUGGAAAGGCAUUCAUAAAUGACUCCAGUCUUGCUGUACAUCAGCAAAUCCAUACUGGGGAGAAACCUCAUGAAUGCAAUCAAUGUAGAAAGACUUUCAGACACAGCUCCAAUCUUGUUAAUCAUCAGAGAAUCCACACUGGAAAGAGACCUUAUGAAUGCAAGCAGUGUGGAAAGAGUUUCGGGCAGAGCUUCAAACUUACUGUACAUCAGAGAGUCCACAGUGGGGAGAAACGUUAUAAAUGCAAUCAAUGUGAAAAGGCAUUCAUAAAUAACUCCAGUCUUGCUGUACAUCAGCGAAUCCAUACUGGGGAGAAACCUUAUGAAUGCAAUCAGUGUGGAAAGGCAUUCAUAAAUAACUCUAGCCUCGCUGUACAUCAGCGAAUCCAUACUGGGAAGAAACCUUAUGAAUGCAAUCAAUGUGGAAAGACAUUCAUAAAUAACUCUAGUCUUGCUGUACAUCAGCGAAUCCACACUGGGGAGAAACCCUAUGAAUGCAAUCAAUGUGGAAAGACUUUCAGACAGAGCUUCAAAUUUACUGUACAUCAGAGAAUCCAUACUGGGGAGAAACCUUAUGAAUGUAAGCAAUGUGGAAAGGCAUUCAGUCAAAGAUUCCAUCUUGCUGUACAUCAGAGAGUCCACACUGGGGAGAAACCUUAUGAAUGUAAGCAGUGUGGAAAGACGUUCAGACAGAGCUUCAAACUUACUGUACAUCAGAGAGUCCACACUGGGGAGAAACCUUAUGAAUGCAAGCAGUGUGGAAAGACAUUCAGUCAGAGAUCCCAUCUUGCUGUACAUCAGAGAGUCCACACUGGGGAGAAACCUUAUGAAUGUAAGCAGUGUGGAAAGACAUUCAUAAAUAACUCCAGUCUUGCAAUUCAUCAGCGAAUCCACACUGGGGAGAAACCUUAUAAAUGCAAUCAAUGUGGAAAGAUGUUCAGACAGAGCUUCAAACUUACUGUACAUCAGCGAAUCCACUCUGGGGAGAAACCAUAUGAAUGCAAACAGUGUGGAAAGACAUUCAUUCAAAGAUUCCAUCUUGCUAUACAUCAGAGAGUCCACACUGGGGAGAAACUUUAUGAAUGCAAACAGUGUGGAAAGACAUUAAGUUCAAGAUCCUAUUUUGCUGUACAUCAGCGAGUCCACACUGGGGAGAAACCUUAUGAAUGCAAGCAGUGUGGAAAGACAUUCAGUUCAAGAUCUUAUUUUGCUGUACAUCAGCGAGUCCACACUGGGGAGAAACCUUAUGAAUGCAAGCAGUGUGGAAAGACAUUCAGACAGAGCUUCAAACUUACUGUACAUCAGCGAAUUCACACUGGGGAGAAACCCUAUGAAUGUAAACAGUGUGGAAAGACAUUCACAAAUAACUCCAGUCUUGCUGUGCAUCAGAGAGUCCACACUGGGGAAAAACCUUAUGAAUGUAAGCAGUGUGGAAAGACAUUCAGAAAUACCUCCAAUCUUGCUGUACAUCAGAGAGUCCACACUGGGGAGAAACCUUAUGAAUGUAAGCAAUGUGGAAAGACAUUCACAAAUACCUCCAGUCUUGUUGUUCAUCAGAGAGUCCACACUGGGGAGAAACCUUAUGAAUGUAAGCAGUGUGGAAAGACAUUCACAAAUACCUCCAGUCUUGCUGUACAUCAACGAAUCCACACUGGGGAGAAACCUUAUAAAUGCAAUCAAUGUGGAAAAGCAUUCAUGAAUAACUCCAGUCUUCUUGUACAUCAGAGAGUCCACACUGGGAAGAGACCUUAUGAAUGCAAGCAGUGUGGAAAGACAUUCAGUCAGAGCUCUCAACUUGCUCAUCAUCAGAGAAUUCACACUGGGGAGAAACCUUAAGAAUACAAGUGGUAUAAGGAAAUGAGCAGGAGGUGAUGGUGGAAAUGUAGAAGCAGGAAUGCUACAGAAUUCUGGAGAAGUGACAGGACUCUAUUUCUUCUAACAGACAGAUAAGCAGAAAGUUGAGUUUAUCUAGUCUCCUAUGGUGGACCUGGUGAACUAGCUUUUCUCUAUAUGGUGGCUUUCCUUGUAAUCCAUCUUACCGACUACCUGUUUCUCUGUAUCUUGUUGAUACCAACUGGAAGAUAUUCCUACAGUGCAGUUUGAGACACCAAAAGCUAUCUGUUAGUGAGACCUUCCCUUUGUUCCCUGUUCCUGCUUACCUUCCAACCUUACUACCUCUAUCACCAUCUAAGGUGGGAUUUGGGUUAGUGAAGUGUAUUUUAUUAUAGGAACUGGGACUCUUAGGUAGAUAGGUAACUGACAAUGGACAUCUCUCUGAAGCUACCAAACUAAAAUUGAUGGGAGGUUCACUUAUAUUCUUUAGAUAGAUCAUCCCAAUUCCCUUUCCUUCCUUCCCUCGUCUUAAAUAAACCCUGUUUAAUAGCAUUUGGUGUCCUGUAAGCUUUAUGCUAUUGGCCUUCCCACACCCUGACCUACUAAAAUCCCAUUACCAUCAAGUAUCUUUCUAGAAACAAUUAUUUUAGUUAUAUACAAUUAUUUCACAAGCUUUGUGAAAAGAUAUUCACAUGCAGCUCCAGUCUUGCUAUUAUGUGAAGGAAAUUUACAUACCCCUUUUCUGGGGGAGCAUACAGGCAUGAGCCUGAAGUUGACUCAGAAACAAGGACAGCAUGAUGGAAUCCAUUAAGUGAGGAUAGAAUGGCAGGCAGAAAAAGGCAGCAAUAGAGUUGAAGUCAUGAGACAAUGACAAGGUGAUGCCUUCUGCUCUCUUCUCCUGGGCAGCUCAGGCAAUACAGAAAGCCACAGUUGGCUCCUGACAUGUGAUUUGUGAGUUAGUGGGCAGAGGAAAGUUUUGAUAAACUGAGGCAAGAUCAGAUAUCCAAGGUUAUCUCUUUUAGUUUGAUUGCUGGCUAGACUUCCCUGUGAGCGUGGCUGGAGCACCCUAAUUUUGGCUACAGAAUAUCAAGCUAAUUGGAACCAUGAGGAAAGUAUAUCUCUCCUAUUUUUUCACCUUCUCCCCCUACUACCUUAGAAUGAAUAAAAUUUACUUAGCACCAG